AUGGAUUUUUUCAUCUUCUUCACAAUUUUCUCCUAUGUUUUCCUAGUUACAAAAGCUCACGAACCUAAUAAUCUGUCAUCUAUUAUCGGUGGCCCUGUUUUUCCUGGAAUUCGGUAUCCAUUCCGAAUCCAGGACGAGCAGCCGAGUAACUAUGGUCGUCCUGGUUUCGAGCUAUUUUUCAGACGAAACAAAACAUUUAUUCAUUUUCCAACUUAUGGUGAUCUAAUUGUCAAGUCCAUCUCUCAUGAUACCAGAAAACUUAACCUUAUUGAUCCCAAAAAUUGUGUCCCUGAAGUUUUCUUGAACCUGAAUCUUUCUCUUACUCCAUUCAAUUACUACUAUGUUCUGAAAGAGUAUACAUACAUCAACUGUUCAUCUCAGCUCUCAACUUCUUUCUUGCAAGUCCCAUGUCUCAGUGGAUUGAACCAUCAUGUUUACGUUGUAGAAUCAUCAUUUUCCCCUCCGGUUUCGUGUGAUUUGGUGAAAACUGUUGCAAUCCCAUUUUCAUAUAGCCCAUAUCUGUCUGAUAAUACUUUUGGACUCUCAUUGACAUGGAACUUGACUGGUGAAUGUGAUGAUGCUGGAAUAAGGUGCCAAUCUGAAACAUUGCCUAAUAAAGAAUUUUUCGACUUUGCUGAUAUAGUUUUAGGCUUUGUCGCAUUCAUUUUCUUGGUUGUGACACUGUUCUAUGCAAAGAUUGCUAUCUACAAAGCAUUUGAUUUCGUGAAGGAAAAGGAGAAGUUUGGUGAAAUCAAGGUUGGCAAAGAGCUGGGAGAAUACGAAAAGCUACCCACGAUUGUGUAUGACUAG